GGCAGAAAUUGUGGUUGCCUUAUCCGCCUGACAGGACCCUCCCACUCCCAGCGGAACAUGAAUGCAGGAAGCUACAGAGCCGGCUUCGGUGUAGACUUGAGGAUGUGGCUUCUGUGGAUCCUGCUGCUGUCGCUGCUCUCUUCAGUGUCUGCGGGUGCAGACUCCAAGGCUGUCACCACCACUCUCACAACCAAAUGGGCAGAUACUCCUCUGCUGCUGGAGGCCAGUGAGUUUCUGGCCGAGGAGAGCCAGGAGAAGUUCUGGGACUUUGUGGAGGCCAAUGAGAACAUAGAAGGAGAGCAUGAUGACACAGAUCAAGCCUACUAUGACCUGAUUGUGAAGAGAGCCAGUGCCUUGCUCAGCUCCGUCCAGGUGAACAUGCUGAAGUUCGCCCUCUCCCUGAGAGCCUACUCUUCAACAGUACACUCCUUCCAACAGAUAGCGUCCAAUGAGCCUCCUCCCACUGGCUGCUCAGCAUUUUUCAGCGUCCAUGGAGAAAAGACGUGUGAUGCGGACGGUUUGGCAGCACUGCUGAAAACAGCACCUGAGAGGCCGAAGCCAUACCUUUUCAAAGGUGACCACAAAUACUCAGGAUCCAAUCCAGAUGCUCCUGUUGUCAUUCUGUAUGCCGAGUUUGGGAAACCAGAUUUCCAGAGGCUUCACCAAGUCAUAACAUCUAAAGUCCAUGAAGGCCUGGUGACUUAUGUGCUCCGCCAUUACCUGGCUAGACCAAGUGGAAAGAAAGUCUAUCUGUCUGGGUAUGGUGUGGAGCUGGCCAUCAAAAGUCAGGAGUACAAGGCGAAGGACGACACACAAGUGCAAGGGGCGGAGGUGAAUGCUACAGUGAUCGGAGAGAAUGAUCCAGUGGACGAGGUCCAGGGAUUCCUUUUUGGCAAACUGAAGACCCUCUACCCCGAGCUGAAAGAACAGUUAAAGGAGUUGAGGAAACAUUUAGUAGAAAGCACCAAUGAAAUGGCACCUCUGAAAGUCUGGCAAAUGCAAGAUCUGAGUUUCCAGACAGCAGCUCGCAUUCUUGCUGCUCCCGCUGUUGAUGCCCUCAAUGUCAUGAAAGACCUCAGUCAGAACUUCCCCACCAAAGCCAGGUCCAUCACUAAAACAGUGGUCAACUCUGAGAUCCGCAAGGAGAUUGGCGAGAACCAAAAGUUCUUCAAAGGAACUCUGGGCCUGCAGCCGGGAGAUUCAGCCCUGUUCAUCAACGGGCUGCAUAUAGAUCUGGACACACAAGACAUCUUCAGUGUGUUUGAGGUGCUGCGCAGUGAGGCGAGGGUGAUGGAGGGUCUGCGCUCCCUGCACAUCGAGACGCCCUACAUCCAUGACAUCCUGAAGCUCAACGUCCAGCCCUCCGACUCCGACUACGCUGUUGACAUCCGCAACCCUGCCAUCAGCUGGAUUAACAACUUGGAGACGGACCACAGGUACAGCUCGUGGCCUUACAACGUGCAGGAGCUGCUCAGGCCGACCUUCCCUGGAGUCAUCAGGCAGAUCCGCAAGAACUUCCACAAUCUGGUGAUUAUUCUGGACCCAACUCAGGAGAACGCUGCUGAGCUGCUGAGCGUUGCAGAGAUGUUUUAUGCUAACAACAUCCCACUGAGAAUAGGACUGGUGUUUGUGGUGUCAGAUGAAGAUGACAUAGACGGCAUGCAGGAUGCAGGUGUGGCUCUGGUCCGGGCCUACAACUACAUCAGCGACGAGGUGGACAGCCAGAGCGCAUUUGAAGCCGUCAUCUCGAUUUUCAACAGGGUCCCUAUUGGUGGACAGUUGAGCGUUGGGGAUGUGGUGAAAGUGCUGGAGAAGAAGUUCCCCUACGUGGAGGUCAGCAGCGUCCUGGGAGCCGACUCCAGCUAUGACAGCAACAGGAAGGAUGGGCGGGCGUACUAUGAGCAGACGGGGGUGGGCCCGCUGCCUGUGGUCAUGUACAACGGCAUACCUUACCAACGUGAGCAGCUGGAUCCGGAUGAACUAGAGACGGUCACCAUGCAAAAGAUUCUGGAGACCACCACCUUCUACCAGAGAGCCGUCUACCUGGGUGAGCUCGCUACAGAUCACGACGUUGUGGAUUUCAUCAUGAAUCAGCCCAAUGUCGUUCCUCGCAUCAACCCCAGAGUGCUGUCCACCAGCAGAACAUACCUGGAUCUGUCUGACACCAACAACCACUUUGUAGAUGAUUAUGCUCGCUUCUCGGCUCUAGACACCAAAGAGAAGAGCACCGCUGUGGCCAACAGCAUGAACUACAUGACUAAGAAAGGGAUGACCACCACCAACAGGCAUGAUGACGGCUACAUCCGUCCUGUGACCUUCUGGGUGGUCGGAGACUUUGACAAGCCCUCCGGACGUCAGCUUCUUUAUGACGCCAUCAGACACAUGAAAACCAGCAACAAUGUCCGACUGGGGAUGAUCAACAACCCAUCAGCCGAUCCGUCCACUGAGACGAGCCACGUGGCCAGAGCAAUCUGGGCCGCCAUGCAGACGCAAUCUGCCAACAACGCCAAGAACUUUAUCACCAAGAUGGCUAAAGAAGAGACCGCCACAGCACUGGAGAAGGGAGUCGACAUCGGGGAAUUCGCUGUUGGGGGUAUGGAUGUGUCAUUGUUCAAGGAAGCGUACGAGGGUCCCAAAUUUGACUUCCUGCUCUCCCACACUGCCUACUGCCGAGACGUGCUCAAACUGAAGAAAGGACAAAAAGCUGUUAUCAGCAACGGAAGAAUCAUAGGUCCACUCGAGGAGGAGGAGGUGUUUAACCAGGAUGACUUCCUGCUUUUGGAGAGCAUUAUCCUGAAAACGUCUGGAGAGCGAAUCAAAAGCAAAGUCCAACAGUUCGGAACUGAGGAGGACAGGGCCAGCGACCUUGUGAUGAAGGUGGACGCUCUGCUCUCCUCUCAACCCAAAGGAGAGGCCCGGGUAGAAUAUGACUUUGCGGAUGACCGCUACAGUGCUGUGAAGAUCCGCCCCAAGGAGGGAGACGUGUACUUUGAUGUUGUUGCCGUGGUGGAUCCUGUAACCAGGGAUGCACAGAAACUAGCUCCUCUCCUAUUGGUUCUGAAGCAGCUGGUAAAUGUGAACUUACGGGUCUUCAUGAACUGCCAGUCCAAACUGUCAGAAAUGCCUCUCAAGAGUUUUUACCGCCAUGUGUUGGAGCCAGAGGUGGUGUUUCAGGCGGACGGUAGUUUCUCUCCGGGCCCCAUGGCCAAGUUCCUCGACAUGCCUCAGUCUCCCCUCUUCACCCUGAACCUGAACACUCCCGAGAGCUGGAUGGUUGAGUCUGUGCACACCCGGUACGACCUGGACAACAUCUACCUUGAGGAGGUGGAGAAUAUUGUAGCAGCAGAGUACGAGUUGGAGCACCUUUUGUUGGAAGGACAUUGUUUUGACGUCAGUUCAGGCCAGCCGCCACGUGGCCUCCAGUUCACCCUGGGAACCGCCUCUGAGCCAGUAAUUAUGGAUACGAUCGUCAUGGCAAACCUGGGUUACUUUCAGCUGAAGGCAAACCCAGGCGCCUGGAUACUGAAGAUGAGGAAAGGACGCUCUGAUGAAAUCUAUAAGAUUUACAGCCAUGAGGGCACAGACUCUCCAGCAGACUCUGAUGACAUUGUAGUCGUGCUGAACAACUUCAAGAGCAGGAUUAUUAAAGUCAAGGUCCAGAAGAAACCAGACAAGUUCAACGAGGAGCUGCUGAGCGACGUGACCGAAGAAAAUGACGCUGGCUUCUGGAAAUCUCUGACCAGAGGGUUCACAGGUGGAGGAAAGGCAGAGGAGCUAAAGCAGGAGAAGGACGACGUGAUCAACAUCUUCUCUGUGGCUUCGGGGCAUCUGUAUGAAAGGUUCCUCAGGAUUAUGAUGCUGUCAGUUCUGAAGAACACCAAAACUCCCGUCAAGUUCUGGUUCCUCAAGAACUACCUCUCCCCGACUUUCAAGGAGUUCAUCCCCCACAUGGCGAAGCAAUAUGGUUUCCAGUAUGAGCUGGUCCAGUAUAAGUGGCCUCGCUGGUUACACCAACAGACCGAGAAGCAGAGGAUCAUCUGGGGCUAUAAGAUCCUGUUCCUAGACGUGCUGUUUCCUCUCGCUGUCGACAAGAUCCUGUUUGUGGACGCUGAUCAGAUUGUCCGGACAGACCUGAAGGAGCUGCGUGACUUCGACCUGGAGGGCGCUCCGUACGGUUACACUCCAUUCUGCGAGAGCCGGAGGGAGAUGGAUGGCUACCGCUUCUGGAAAUCCGGCUACUGGGCGAGCCACCUCGCCGGGCGCAAAUACCACAUCAGCGCCCUGUACGUGGUCGACCUGAAGAAGUUUAGGAAAAUAGCUGCAGGAGAUCGACUGCGAGGACAGUACCAGGGGCUCAGCCAAGACCCCAACAGCCUUUCAAACCUCGACCAGGAUCUGCCCAACAACAUGAUCCACCAGGUGCCCAUAAAGUCGCUGCCUCAGGAGUGGCUGUGGUGUGAGACCUGGUGUGACGACAGCACCAAGAAGAGCGCUAAGACGAUAGACCUGUGUAACAACCCCAUGACCAAGGAGCCCAAGCUGCAGGCUGCAGUGCGGAUCGUGGCCGAGUGGACCGAUUAUGACCAAGAGAUUAAACGUCUGCAGACCAGAGUCCAGGAGAAAGCAAACCACACAGCGAAGCAGCAAGGCACAGAUGUUCACACAGAGUUGUGAGGAUCCUGCAGUGGGCCGUGAUGAUGAGUGGCGUUGGACUAGACUCUGUUUAAAGAGUCUGCUUCACGAAGAGGCUCCUCUCCUGCCCUGGGGGUGGGGGGGGGAGGGACUGCUGAGAGACUGACCACAAAAACCAGUGCUAAAUGGUUGAAACUGUUUUGUCUUUGUUCUUUUUAUAACGUGUGAAGGGGGAGUUAAAGUGGUCAGGUUUAAGAGGUUUUACUGUACACGUGUGUGCAAGUGGUGAGAAUGUAUUUUGUGAAACGAAUCAUAAAUAUAAAUUCUAUUUUUUUUUUUUUUGGUAUACUUUUCUUUCCCCCCUGUAUUAGAUGUCGGUCUGUAACUUUGCACUGAUUGGGAUUCUGGUUCGGGCUGUGGUUGAAGCACAAAGGGAGGAAGACCCUAGAAAUCCUCACUGCCUGGUUUUGAUCUUUAACAAACCAAACAUUUAGUGUGGAUUUCUUCUCACACACUGGAAUAAAAAAGUGAUAGAAUGAUUAUGAUUUUAAGGCUUUCAGGCCUUUCUCUGAAUUGGUACAGUAUUUAAUAUGAAGGUCCCGAAUAUCAUGGAUAAUUUUAACAUUUUCAGACUGUAAGAUACGGGCUGGGAAAUAUGUUUGAAGUCAAUAUCAGGAAAUUUUUUUUAAUUGAUACAGUGAAUUAAUGCAAAAUCAUAAUAAUCUGACAUAAAGUGCAGUUAUUCAUUAGAUUUCAUUCAAAACGCUUUAAAAUAACUCCUGAUAAAUUAUGAGUUUGGCAGCAAUAUUUAGUAAAACAUCUGGUUCUUGCUCAGCCCUACUUGAGAUAUUCAGAAAAUGCCAAAUAAAUCUGGUAAAUUAAUGUCACAUUUACAGUCUACAUUAUUUUGUACGGUGGUGGAUUCACUUGGUCAAGAAUGAGAUAUAGCCAUAGGGGAUGUUUAGUGCCCAACCUUAAGAUCUCUUUAAGAGGAAUGUACACUGUUAAUGAUGUUUACACUCAUCUGGCACUCGACAUGAAAAUUAAGAACAAAGUCAGCAGGCUUUAGUGAAUCCCCAGUUUCUUGUGGAAUAUUAAUGUCACUGUGACUCUCAGGGAAAGAUGCCUGAGGCGUGUGUUGGUUGCAGCAUAAAAUACGUAUCAGAAGAGAGGGGAGGGUUUGUGGUACUGUAAGGGAAGAGCAGCCAAGUUGAGCUGAAAAAUAUUUCUGUUUCUCGGUUACAUCCAUAGAUUUGUCAUUAUCGUCCUGUUUUGGCUGUCAGAUAUUUUUGUUAAAUAAAAAUCCCCAAUAAAGAA